AUGACGUCCUGGACGCUUUUAACAAUUGAUCCACUUAUUUUAUACUUCUGUAACUCGGCUGAAGCGACAGACAGCAAGAAGGUCCAUUGCCCACCUGUCCCUGGCUGUUCCCUGCACAUGAGCAAGGCAAAGAUCUCUAAGCCUGCUCCAGACUGGGUGGGGACAGCAGUAGUUGAUGGACAGUUGAAACAGCUCAGUCUGUUGGACUACAGAGGAAGAUACCUGGUCCUGCUCUUUUACCCUCUGGACUUUACGUUUGUCUGUCCCACUGAGGUGAUAGCUUUCAGUGAGCAUGUGGAAGAGUUCAGAGCCGUCGGAGCCGAGGUGGUCGCCUGCUCUACAGACUCCCAGUUCACACACCUGGCCUGGAUCAACACUCCUCGGAAGCAGGGUGGGCUUGGACUAAUGAAAAUCCCUCUUCUCUCUGACAUCACACACCAGAUUGCCAAGGACUACGGCGUCUACAUGGAGGACCUGGGACACACACUCAGGGGUCUGUUCAUCAUAGACAGUGUAGGUGUUCUGAGACAGGUGAUCUUAAAUGACCUCCCAGUAGGACGUUCUGUAGAGGAGACCCUGCGUCUGGUCCAGGCUCUGAAACAAACCGACACACACCACACAGCGUAA